UUUUGUUUGUAUAGUGUAUGUAUACAUCAGAUAUGGUAUGUUUUUCUUCCUGUAGGAUUCUCUUUGGUUCAGGGCUAGCCAUCCUCCUCCUCCUGGCCACAUCCAGUGCACAGACCAGCCCACAGCCCUGCCAGUGUUCAGCCCUACACCCUGCAGGACUACAGAUCAACUGCAGCUCCCUGAGCCUCAGGGAAGUCCCACCUCUCUCUCCAGACAACGAGCUCCACCUCCAGAACAACCAGCUGUCCACAGUACCUCCAGGGCACUUCGACAGGCUGCAAGGCCUGAGAAGGGUCACCCUGUAUGGGAACCCUUUCCACUGUAACUGUGAAAUCCAGUACCUAAGUACCUGGCUGAAGAGGAACGGGGCUGUCGUGUCUGGUGGGGUGCCCACCUGUGCCAGCCCAAGUAGUGUGGCACACACAGCAAUCACUGUGCUCAGUGAUGCCUACUUUUCCUCCUGUGCCCAGCAGAAGUGUGCAAGGGAGGUGUAUGAUACCCUGGUGGGGGUGAUGUUGUGUGGGCUCAUCGGCCUCCUGCUGUGUGGCCUGAGGCUGGCGAAGAACUCCACCUUCACUCUGGACAUGGAUCAGAGACACGCAUGGUUUGAGGCUGACUCUCUGAAGUCGCUGAAGCCCAAACACAGGAGGACACUCCAGAGGCUCUCUGUCUGAGGAAUGUGAGAACUCUGCCUCUCUCACCGGGCGAUGCGAGCAUGGGCGAGGGAGCGUGACCAAAGUUAGGGAAAGCUGAACUUUAUGCAAAUACUCUGUGACAUCGUGCCAUUUUUGACCAAUCGAAGCUCACUAUAGCUUCCAGGCCCU